AUGUCUUUGCUACGUCUUAAUCCCACACUGCGAGCACUAACACGCGCUGUGACCCGCCCAAGUGCCCCCUUUGUGACAAGGAGUAUUUUGAACAGAGCCGGAAUUAGUAGCGCAAAUGUCAUUGGCAGACACUAUGCUUCAAAUCCCAAACCCAAAUCCUGUCAUGCCAAAAUCAAGCAUCCUGCUCCGGUUUGGGAAGCUAAUGCAGUGAUUAACGGAAAUAUAAGAAAUCUUUCUCAUCUCGAUUUCGCAAAUAAAUAUUUGGUGCUGCUCUUUUUCCCACUUAACUUCACAUUCGUGUGUCCCACCGAGUUGAUUGCAUUUUCUGAUCGGAUCGAGGAGUUCCAGGAAUUGAAUGCAGAGGUGGUUGGCGUAUCUGUUGACUCGGAGUAUUCUCAUCUGGCAUGGAGUAAUCUACCCCGCGAUCAAGGUGGCAUUAGUAAUAUCAGGAUUCCGCUCGUAUCCGAUAUAAAGAAAGAGAUAUCAACCGCGUAUGGAGUACUGUUCGAAGAAAAAGGUUUCGCAUUUCGAGGUUUAUUUAUAAUCGACGAUCUAGGUUUACUACGAGUAUCCCAAAUCUAUGACACCGAAAUUGGACGAUCGGUUGAUGAGACGCUUCGAUUGAUUCAAGCAAUACAACACGCCAAUACUUAUGGUGAAGUAUGCCCAGCUAACUGGAAAAGAGGCAGUCCAGCUAUCAAGCCAAAUCCAAGGGAUUCAAAAGAAUAUUUUGAGAAGCAAGGAAGAUGA